GCAGUUCCCAUAGGAAACUUCUGCUUCGAUGGUUCCAGUUUGUAGUUACUUUUACAUUACCCCAAAAAAAGUUAAAUCUGUAUUAACGGAUUUUUGAAAUUAAAAUUGCUGUAAUAAUUUAUCCUGUUUGACUAUCGGAAAAGAUUUUGACGAUUUGCUUUGUUUGUUGUGGGUAAAUUAUACUUGGUCAGCUCAGUUGACUGUUAAGUGUUAGGUUCUGAAAGACAAAGAGUGAAAGUUGCAUCAUGUCGCUUUUCCGUCUUUCUUGCUCUUCCCUUGUUCCCCGGGCCAUCUUGAGAGCCCAGAUACGGAAUAUGGCGGAAGAAGCACCGAGAAUGCGUCGUGCGGACGUUAUGGCGCGCCAGCGAGUCCAAGAGAAGCCACUCAGUCUUAAAGAACGCCUCAUGGCACCCGCUGGAGAAACUGCUUUCGGCAUCGGACAGGCAGCUUUAGCUGGCGGUGCAGCGUUUGGAAUUGGCGCAUUAUGUUACUAUGGGCUUGGACUUUCCAAACAGACUGGUUUAUGGGAAAAAUCAUAUAUGUGGCCAGAAUAUGUCCGGACGCGCGUUCACGAAACAUAUGCUUAUUUGGGUGGAUCGCUGGGAGUCACAGCCAUCUCUACUUACCUAGUGUCGCGCAGUCCUCAGCUGAUGAGUAUGAUGACACGAACUGGAUGGAUGUCCAUUCUGCUGACUUUUGGCGCCAUGAUCGGCACCGGAAUGCUAGCCCGCUCAAUUGCUUACGAGAAUACCGGUCCCAAGCAUCUGGCGUGGCUUUUGCAUGCCGCGACGAUCGGAGCGGUAAUUGCACCAUUGACAUUGUUGGGUGGCCCAAUUAUGAUGCGCGCGGCCAUGUACACAGCUGGGAUUGUCGGUGGACUGAGCACCGUGGCCGCUUGUGCGCCAUCCGAUAAGUUUCUCUACAUGGGCGGUGGAUUGGCCAUCGGCUUGGGUGUGGUAUUUGCCGCAUCCCUGGGCUCGAUGUUCUUGCCUCCGACAACCGCAAUUGGGGCUGGUUUGUAUUCGAUCUCGAUGUACGGAGGACUUUUGCUAUUUUCGGCUUUCUUGCUCUACGAUACCCAACGAGUGGUCCGAAAAGCCGAAACGCAUCCACCUGGAGUUCCGGGCAUGAUCAAGCAGUACGAUCCCAUCAACGCGAUGAUGUCGAUUUACAUGGACAUUAUCAACAUCUUUAUUCGUUUGGCUGUAAUGAUGGGUGGUGGAAACCGUCGACGAUAAAAGAAACUGCUGAUUGAACUUACAAGAAAUUCUGAAAUUCUUCCAGAUGUGUUCUGAUCUGUAAUAUAUGAUUCGCAUAGCGAUUUAAACGCCCAGACCUUGGAUAAAUUUCACCGUAUCUGUAGACGAUUUUUUGACUGACAAUAGUGAGUGACAGGGGAGUUGUACGAGUGAAUUUGUCGUAUUUCAUGGUGAUUCUUCCGUGAAUACCUAUCUCGUGUGUGAGCCAAAUCCGAAAUCGAAUAUUACUGUCUUUAGAAAUCGAGGGGGUUCCGUUUCACUGUUUCAGUAAAGCCAUUCACAGUAU